AUGGUUGGCCGUUCCUUAACGAUUAGUUUUCUGUUGGCAUAUGCUGGGCUGGCCCAGUGUGCUAUUGGUAUCUCUGAUGGUCGCCGUCUGGCUUCUGGCGCAUCAGCCUUGACACCGGCCUCCACAAAUUCUCCUCCAGCUCCUCCUGUCGCACCACCCGCACCCGUUGCUGCUCCACCAGCUCCAGCAAUGAAUCCUCCACCGCCACCAAAUCCGGCUGCUGCAUCUCCACCUCCACCCCCCACCCCUAUGAAUGGAACGUGUGCAGCUGCCCCUCCACCCCCUCCCGCUGGUGCUCAGGCGCCUCAUCCUCCUCCACCGGGAGCUCCACCACCGCCACCACCACCUUCCGGAGCUCCAGUGGCUUCUAUUCCCCCAUCCGGAGCCGCCGCUCCACCCUCUCCUCCACCCUGUCCUCCUCCUCCUCCUGGCCCUCCAGUACCAGCUGCGGCACCCCCAUCUCCUCCAACUGUGAACAUAACUGGGGCGCAACCUCCACCCGCCCCACCAGCCCUCGCUCCGCCACCACCUCCUCCUGGAUCUGCUGCUCUCGCCGAACCCUCCACGCUACCAUCCGGUGCUCCUGAGCCCCAGCCUGUAUCUCCCGAUUCCCCUGCGCCCCCGCCUCCGCCCUCAGGGACUAUGGCACCUCCAAAUCCACCCUCUGGGGCGCAAAUAGCAUCUGAAGCAGCAGCUCCUCCACCUCCCCCACCAGGACCUAUGGCACCUCCACUUCCACCCUCUGGGGCUCCAGUACCGCCCCCUUUUGCGUCUGGAGAAGCAGCCCCAGAGCAUCCGCCUCCGCCUCCACCUUCCCCGCCAAUGGCAACAGCUUUGCCUUCAUUCAGUCUCAUACCAUCUUCGUCUUCAGCUAUAGCAUCAAGCGUACCAUUAGCAGAUCGCUUUGCAUCCCAGUCAGUGAAUCUGAAGUCUCCCAGGAAAGGACUUUGUUUCGCAUUCCUAGGCUCCGCUCUCUGGAUUUUGUUGCUGUGA